AUGGCUGUCCUCCGGCGGCCACCGCUCGCCCCCAGUCCCACCGCCGCCGCAUCCCUCCCCCACCACCGCCUCCACCUCGCCACCCCACACAUACACCUCACCAGACCCCCUCCCUCCUCUCCCCGCCUCCGCAUCAGCGCGGCCCCCUCGCUCCGCCCCCUCCGCGGCAUUCCAUCGAGCCGGUGCCAUGCGGCGACAGGAGAUCCGGCGCCGGCGCUCUCUCAGGCGCCCUCCGCCGGCGGAGGCGGCGCGCGGGCCGCGCUGGUGCGCGUCGGGGAGGCGCUGUCGCUCGGGUUCCCGCUGUGGGUCGCGUCGGCCUGCGCGCUCGCGCUGUGGCGGCCGGCGAGCUUCCUCUGGGUCACCCCCACCGCCCAGAUGGUCGGCUUGUCCUUCACCAUGCUCGGAAUGGGGAUGACGUUGACGCUUGAUGACCUGAGAACCGCGCUGUUGAUGCCCAAGGAGUUAGCUGCUGGGUUUCUACUUCAGUACACUGUGAUGCCACUGUCCGGAUAUCUCAUCAGCAAGCUAUUGAACCUGCCAUCCCAUUAUGCUGCUGGACUGAUUUUGGUUUCCUGUUGCCCUGGAGGCACAGCAAGCAACAUUGUUACCUACUUAGCAAGGGCAAAUGUUGCUCUUUCGGUGCUGAUGACAGCAGCAAGCACUUUUGCUGCAGCGUUCAUGACUCCUCUUUUGACAUCCAAACUGGCUGGGCAAUACGUCGCAGUAGACCCUAUGGGACUGUUCGUGUCGACGUCUCAGGUUGUCCUAGCGCCUGUUCUUUUGGGUGCUCUGCUUAAUCAGUACAUGGGCCGUUUGGUUGAGUCGGUUUCUCCCGUGAUGCCGUUCAUUGCUGUAGCAACAGUAGCUGUUCUUUGUGGCAAUGCGAUCGCACAGAAUGCUUCGGCCAUCCUGGCAUCUGGCCUACAAGUGGUACUGUCGGUCAUCUUCUUGCAUGGAUCCGGCUUCUUCUUUGGCUAUGUUCUUUCAAGGGUGCUUGGCAUCGAUAUCGCUUCAUCACGAACAAUCUCGAUCGAGGUUGGCAUGCAGAACUCGGUGCUGGGUGUGGUUCUCGCGGGCAAGCACUUCGGCAGCCCUCUCACGGCGGUUCCAUGCGCGGUUUCGAGCAUCUGCCACUCUGUCUAUGGUAGCCUGUUGGCCGGGGUCUGGAGGUCCAUGCCCCCGAAUGACAAGCAGUGA